AUGAUCUCUUCCUUCACCACGAAGAUCUCGGUCAGCUCUGACGUCCGACUCGAGAAACUUCUCACAAGGUUUUGGGAGGUGGAGGACCUUCCAGGGAGACCUACGAGCAAGUCAGACUCCAUUUGCGAGGACAAUUUUCUCCAGACCACGCAGCGAGCUCCCGACGGGAGAUACAUCGUCACUCUUCCAUUCAAAUGUCCAGAAAAGAUAGACUUGGGCUACUCCAGGCCUUCGGCCCACGCCCAGUUUCUGAGAAACGAGCAGCGUCUGCAGCGAAACUUGCCUCUCAAGGAGCAGUACGACGCCGUCAUUCACGAGUAUUUAGAGCUAGGCUACAUGAAACAGGUUCCACCUAGUCAUGACUCCGGCCACUUCUAUCUUCCACACCAUGCUGUUUUCAAGCCAGAAAGCACAACGACCAAGGUGCGCGUGGUCUUCAACGCGUCCAGCCCGUCUUCGAACGGAAGAAGCCUUAAUGACAUAUUGCAUUCAGGGCCAGUCCUUCAGUCCGACUUGACCACGCAAAUCCUGAAGUGGCGCGUAUUCCGAUACGUUUUCAACGCCGACAUCAAUAAGAUGUAUCGGCAGAUCCUCGUGGUGCCAGAACACGCUCCAUAUCAACGGAUGAUCUUUCGCACAUUUCUGCCAGCGGGUAGCGUGCUGGCGACUAUGAACUCGAUAGCCCAUUGUGUAUAA